AUGGCACGUACAGUCGCCGAAUCAGGGUCCAGCGCCUUCGUCUGUCUCUUCUGCGCGCAGGACCUCAACGCCUUGGACCAACACGCUCGACAGGCCCACUACGACGCUCACCUAUCCGAGCCGGGGCCCUCUGCACUUCCGCCGUCUUCCCUGCCGAGAGGCGACCCACGCGCCGGCACACACUCGCAGGCCGAUAUGGGCUUCUUCUCUGCGUCUGAGAAGGGGAAGAGUACACAGGACGUAUUUUGGCACUCGGCGCUGGAUGCGCAGCCACCGCCGAAUCAUACCCCUGGCCUGAUACCGCUCUUACGGUCCCAGUUGACGUCCUCUCAUGAGAAGGGGUAUACACGACGCGCCGUGACAUGCUUUGACCAGGCCGUACAUAUCACGCACGAGAGCUUCGAUCGCGGUUGGGGUUGCGGCUAUCGAAAUUUCACCAUGGCAUGCGCGGCGCUCGCCGCUCAGCCCUGUCAACCGGAGUAUCGCGAGCUUCUCAGCGGCUCGUUAACGCCUGGCGUUCGUAACCUGCAGGAUAUAAUCGAACAUGCUUGGGCAGCAGGAUUCGAUCCGGAGGGUGCCGCGCAACUGAAGAAUAAGCUGAGGAGAACGAACAAGUGGAUAGGGACCGCAGAAUUGCACGUCGCGUUUAGUUACCUCGGCAUCCCCUCGCAUUUAGCGGACUUUGCACUACCGCGCACGAGUUUCAACACUCGCGACACGAAGCCCUUGCUGGACUGGAUCCGUGCGUACUUUGACCCCGCUCAACCAGGGUCAAACGCGAAUCCGUGGAAAGGCGCUCGUGCGGUCAUUCCGACGGAUAAGAUGCCGCUUGUGUUGCAGCAUGAUGGACAUUCGAGGACGGUCGUCGGCUAUGAGAUCACGAAGAGCGGCCAGACGAACUUGCUUGUGUUCGAUCCUGCGACGCGAAUGCGCGAGCCCAUACGUGCGGCGGGAUUGGCACGAUGGAUGGCAGAUCAUGGGGCCCAGCAGCCGCUCACGGAUAAAGCCAACUCGAAAUCAUCGCGCCUCUUGAACUCCGUCAAGCACCCGCUGAAUGCCAUGAAGCACGCGAAACGCGUGCGGUCUCCAGAACAGAGCCCCAAUCCCAUGAAGCGGCAUCGUGCGGAUAUCAUCGAACUCGAUAGUGACGGCGACGUCGUUCCUGCACGUGCGGCGGGCAAUGGGGCGAUUCAGCGGCAGAUCGGUGGACGGGCUGCGCCGUCGGGGAUGGAUGAGGCGGAAGUGCUGAUGCAAAGACAUGCGAGACGUGCGGGCGCGACGGAUGUGCAGCCAAGUGCGAGUCUGCCGUCUACUGCAGAUGUGCUGAAGGUUUUCCGGUUGGACAAUCGACGGCUGGGGACUCACAGCAAGUAUCAGGUCCUUUGGUUUCCUCUUACGGACCCGCUUUCGGAGCGUGAUAAGGUUGCCUUGCGGGAGGUUCAUAGUGAGAAGAUAUGCUAG